AUGAUAACUCGUAAAUCUUCAUUUCUUUUGGCACCAUCUUUGACAGGACAAUUUAUCAAAACCUCUUCUAUUACAUCUCCCCGCUUCUUUCACCCCACCAUGAGUAACAAAUCUAAGCUUCAACCUGCUGCUCGGGUUGCCGCAAGAAAGCAAGAUGUUUGGACCAUUGUCAAUGAGGCUGCCGCCGCCUCUCCCAAGCAACCUAUUGUAAACAUGGGCCAAGGUUUCUUCGGAUAUAAUCCUCCUAAAUUUAUCCUCGAUGCCGCCAAGGCAGCUCUCGAUAAGGUCGAAUGCAAUCAAUAUUCGCCAACCAAGGGUCGUCCACGUCUCAAGCAAGCAAUUGCAGAUUCAUACUCUCCCUUAUGGGGAAGAAAGCUGAACCCCGACACGGAGAUCACUAUUACAACCGGUGCAAAUGAAGGCAUGCUAAGUGCCUUCAUGGGAUUCAUCGAAGAAGGGGACGAGGUUAUAAUAUUCGAGCCAUUCUUUGACCAAUAUAUCAGCAACAUAGAAAUGCCAGGUGGAAAGAUCCGCUACGUACCUCUACAUCCACCUGAGAAGGGCGCAGCUCAGAAUACUUCUGCGGGAGAAUGGACAAUAAACUUCGCCGAGCUCGAGGCAGCGAUCACACCUAAGACAAAGAUGAUCGUUCUCAACACGCCUCACAACCCGGUCGGCAAGGUCUUUUCAAAGGAGGAAUUGCUCAAGAUCGGAGAACUUUGCGUCAAGAACGAAAUCAUCAUCCUUUCCGACGAAGUGUAUGACCGAUUAUAUUAUACACCAUUCACAAGAAUGGCAACUUUAUCUCCAGAAAUUGAGAGACUUACACUUACAGUUGGGUCUGCUGGAAAGAACUUCUACGCGACUGGAUGGCGUGUUGGAUGGUUGAUCGGACCACCACACUUGAUUCAAUAUGUUGCAGCAGCACAUACAAGAAUCUGCUAUUCUUCUGUGUCGCCCUUACAAGAAGCUGCGGCCGUUGGAUUUGAAGAGGCCGAUGCUAAUGACUUCUGGAACUCAGCCGUAACUGAAAUGAAGGGUAAAAUGAAUCUUUUCAACGAGAUUUGGAAAGAACUGGACCUUCCAUUCUCCGAUCCUGAAGGUGGUUAUUUUGUUUUGGUGAACAUGAAGAAAGUCAAGAUUCCAGCCGACUAUCCAUUUCCAGACCACGUUAAGGACCGCCCAAGAGACUUCAAGUUGAGUUGGUUCUUGAUACAAGAGGUUGGCGUAGCUGCUAUUCCUCCAACCGAAUUUUAUACCGAUGAGAAUGCACACAUUGGCGAAGACUGGUUACGAUUUGCUGUAUGCAAGGAAGAUCAGGUACUUGAAUCAGCAAAAGAGAGAUUACGAGGCCUUAAAAAGUACAUUGAGGCAUAA